GGAAAUAAUGUUAGAAAAUGCUUUGUUCUACAAUUUCUUUUAAAAAGGGAUUUGGUAACAAAAAAAUACUUGCAAUGCCUCAACAUUAUAAAAAGAGAAAAAAGUUGCAAUUUCAGUGCAGAUUUUAGCAAGAAACAUGAUUUGUUUUAGCGGGCCACAUAAAAUUAUGUGGUGGGCCCAUUGAGUUUGAUGCACCUUGUCUAGGCUUAAUGAGACUUUUCCAUUUUUUUUUGUAUCUUUGCACUUAUUUUGAGCAAGGUUUAUACAACACAGUAAGUACAUAAUACAAUACGGACACUCUGUGGUCACAGCUUACAGCAAUACAUUAGUGUGAAACUGACCUGAAUGUAUAAAUUUACUAUUUCAAGUGAAUAGAAAGCCCAAAAGUAUAUUUGAAUUACAAUUAUUAGGCAUUCAUUCAAUUGUGUGAAACAUAGGGGAAAACGGAGAAAAGUAAAAUACGUAAAAGUAUAGUGCAGUCCAGUACUGUAAAAUGGACCCGAAUCCACAAAACAAAAGCAGGAAAUGAUAAGCGACCGCGCUCGCUCUUGACUGCUUUGGAAACGGUACAAACGAGCUCACGUGAAGUCCAAUCUGAUUGGUUGACCCACAUUGUGAAGGUCAUUCCUCAGCUCCUAUUGGUCCGUAUCUUUUGUUUUGCCCUCCCAUGUGCUACAGACUCCCCCCCCCCCGAGUGUGUUUUCAUAAACAAACCAAAUUCUUCAUCGGUCCGCGGUGCAAUUAGUCACGAACCUGACAAACUGCCAGCAUUGUCAAACUUCGCGUUCUUGUGUUGUUGUUUUUUAACUAAGAAAUAUUUUUGGACAACUAUUAGAUUUGACAAAGAAACGCGGCAAAGCGUGUCAAAAGCGAAGGCUGUCCGUAUUGUCUUUAUUGUCCGAGACGUCAACGCGUGGUCGACUGUUUCUGCGAGCCUCGGCGCUUCGUACCCUUUUAGUCCAUCUUUUUUAAAAUCUUUUUUUUCCACAGCUGUCAGUCACAUUGGUCCACCGUGUGUAGGCAGGCAAGAGUCUUGACAUCAGGAGAUAUGGUGAAGCUGACAAAAGCCAAGACGUUCCAGGCUUACCUGGACUCGUGCCACCGCCGCUAUAGCUGUGUGCACUGCCGCGCUCAUCUGGCCAACCAUGAUGAUCUCAUCUCAAAGUCUUUCCAAGGUAGUCAAGGCAGAGCUUACCUCUUCAACUCUGUGGUGAACAUUGGCUGUGGUCCAGCAGAGGAAAGGCUGCUGCUAACGGGACUUCAUGCGGUGGCUGACAUCUACUGUGAAAACUGUCACACCACCCUGGGCUGGAAAUAUGAACAAGCCUUUGAACUGAGUCAGAAGUACAAGGAAGGGAAGUACAUCAUUGAGCUGUCCCACAUGAUAAAAGACAACGGCUGGGACUGAGAGGGAAAUCUCCUUUGUUCUCCAUGACUUUUUUCAAAGUUGCAUCCCCUGGUCUUAGCGGGGUUCCAGUGUAGCUUCCUCAUCCCGCGUUCGAGCCAUCGCUGUGCACACUUUUACUCUCUAUGGCUUUGCCAUGAAUAGCAUGUGAUGCCUUAUCUUCCUCCUUUCUUUGUGUGUUUUCCAGCAGCCACAGCAAGGUUUCUGAUAACGCAAUCCCAAUCGCUAGUUAUGCUAGGGGCAGGUUUGAAUGAAUGUAGGGUUUGUGUGCGGAAUAACUCAUGGGCACAUGUGUGGAUAUUGGAUUUUUAGGCUUGUCUUUGAGUGAUGAACCUCUUAUCAGUGAUCAAUAAGCAAGACUCGCUAGAUGGGGGCAAGGACAGUGCAAGUCAAACAAUAAUGACCUUGCACUGGUAUUCCGCCACCUCUUCCAAGUUUACAAUGCCUGUUUAGUUAUAUCUGGCCAUAACAGUUUAUGCAAAUGAAGCAGUGGAGAUUUAUUUUUUUCGAUCAUGGUCGAUCGGUUAUGGAAAUUUCUGUUUUUAUAUAAAGAUCAGUAACUUUAGAGUUUGACAAGUAUACAAGUUGUUGAAUUAGUAAUGGUAAGCAUGCCCAUACAGAUGGCCUGCAAGUUAUUUUAAAGCUGAACUACUGCUUGUACAGAAGAUACGCUAGUGUGUGAGUGUACUUGUUCAUUCAGUUCUGUGGGGAACUCGGGAGUCCAAGGAGCACACAUUUAGUUAAGUCUGGGUGUGUCUGGCUCUCUGGUAUGUCUUUAAUGCUUGAAUUUGAUCAUUCAGUUUUGAGUAAAGGUUUCCUCACAAGGACUGAAUUUCAAGUUUGUGUUUGCAGAGUAUGCCUGCAGUUUUACCUGCACAAUUAGGAUAUCCACUACUUGCUGACAUUCUAGAGAUAUCGCCUCUGUGUUUGUGUGUAGUGUAACAAUGAGAGGCCUUUUGCAGCUCCAUUUACUCAAUCAUGUUUGAGCAACGUGUGAUUAGAAUUAUGUAGCAUAUUUAUGGUGAUUAUUUUUUUUUUGUCUGCUUCUUUUCAUUAAAAUAUAAUUUUAUUCUUAUCUUUCAUUAAAAUACAGUGCAUCUGUAA